AUGGAGGACCAGGAUGUGAUAAAGACGAUAAAUGAAAAAAUCAAGAAAGAAGAGCAAAUGCGGCAGGCUGCCGUAAGACUCAAGUCUAACAGUGACAACCCUGCCGUGCGCACACAAUGCGAACAGAGCAUAAUGGUUAUGCAGAGGAACAUUGAUUAUCUGAGAAGCGAACUUGAAAAAAUUCAGCUCAAGCAUCAAAACCUUUCAACGCCAGGACAUCCUCCAUAUCAGAACCAGGGCCAAAACUUUCCAGUUCGACCACAUCAAGGGAUGGACCCAAAUGCAACGCAGGACAACAAUGCGUCUAAUUUACGCAAACCAUCGAAUUUAGAUCUUAUUAAAUCUGAUACGCCCAUGACUACCCAAAAAGUAUCACUCAAAUUACAUGAACUCGAAUUUAAACUUGACGUAGAGCGAAAGUUGAUGGAGGGAUCCCAAAAGAUGGCGAAUGCGGUGGUAUUCCAGGAUCCUAAAAAUAAAAAGAGUAUCGCUGAGGUUGCUGGCAAGAUGAUCGAGAGUAGAGAAAAGAUUUCACUUUUAUCGAGGUCGCUUAAUAACUAUAAAAAGUUGUAUAUUAGCGGAAUUAAUGAUGAAGAUGAAUCGUCGAACGAUGAUAAUGAUAUGUACCGCCUUACGCCUGGACUUCGCCGCCGAAUGACGGGUAAACUCGAUAUACGAAUAUAUCAAGUGAGACAUGUGCAACACGCACACUCACGUACUUCAAAGACGCCGGAGACUACCGCUGUUAUUAAAAUUGAUGGACAACCUCAAGCUAGGACAAAGGUGACGCGUAAUGGUCGUUGGAAUGAGAAUUUUACUCUUCAUGUCGAAAAAGCUAGCGAGAUCGAGAUCACCGUUUACGAUAAACCAAACGAGCAUCAAGUUCCUAUUGGACUUUUAUGGAUUAAGAUAAAUGACAUUGCUGAAGAAAUGAGAAAGAAGAAAAAGUUUGAAGCAGGGAGUGGACCUGGUUGGGUUACGGCGUCUGAUGGUGGAUUCGAAUCACAAAAUCCACCCACCUUCAACAAUAAUAAUCCAUACACAGAUCUUUACAGCAUACCAUACCCAUCUACACAAAGCCAGCAAGGAACUGCUACAACAAUUUCACCAGAUGGAAUCGAAGCUUGGUUUGAGAUUGAGCCUGUUGGGCAGAUUUUGUUGAAGCUUGAUUUCACCAAGGAGAAUGUUGGAAAGAGACCUGCGGCUAUUGGACGUGUUAAUGCCAAACGUAUACCCAAGAAAAUAUUCGAGCAGAACGGACAUAAAUUUGUUCAACGCCAAUUCUACCCGAUCAUGAAGUGCGCAUACUGUGAGGAGUUGUUUCUUAACGAAGGAUACCAGUGUGAAGACUGUAAGCUUACUUGCCAUAAGAGAUGUCAUACUAAAAUUGUCACAAAAUGCAUUUCCAAGUCUAAUUCUGAAAUGGACUCUGACUAUAAGCAGCUAAAUCAUCGUAUACCUCAUCGAUUUGAAGCUGUGAGGAAUAUGAGUGCUGGUUGGUGCUGCCAUUGUGGAUACAUGCUUCCACUUGGAAGAAAAGCGAUGAAAUGUACUGAAUGUAGCAUUGCUUGCCAUUUAAAAUGUAGCCAUCUUGUUCCUUACUUUUGUGGAUUACCUAUGAAGACGGCAAAUAACAUGAUCGAACAGAUUCGACAGGCUAAAGCUAACAGAGAAGAGAGACGACCCAGUUUGGCUGAUAGUCAGGCAUCCUCUCCCGUAAUUAGCCAGGCUCCAAAUCAACAGGCUCCCCCAAUUCCGUUUUAUCCUCCCCCACCAUAUCCACCGCCGGAUGACCAUAUGCAACAGCCGAAACACAACCAGGCCAGAGUUUCAUAUAGCCCUGCCGGUGCAUAUCCCGAACAAACGACCACGGUUGAAUAUAUGUCACCAGCUGCUCAAAGACCACCACUGCAGCAAGUUCUACCCGUAAGCGAAAAGCCUGUUCAGAGGCCGCCGGUUCAGAGGCCGCCUGAGAGGAAGCCUGUUCAGAAGCCGCCAAAAAUUGGACUGGAAAACUUUGAUUUCCUUGCCGUAUUGGGUAAAGGCAAUUUUGGCAAGGUGAUGCUUGCUGAGGAGAAAGCUACUAAGCGUUUGCAUGCCAUUAAAGUGCUCAAGAAGGAAUACAUUAUUGAAAACGAUGAAGUUGAAAGUACUCGGUCGGAGAAGCGUGUCUUCCAAGCUGCCAAUCGAGAACGACAUCCAUUUUUAGUUGGAUUGCAUUCGUGCUUUCAGACAGAGACACGCAUCUACUUUGUCAUGGAAUAUGUUAGUGGGGGUGAUCUGAUGUUGCAUAUUCAAAAAGAGCAGUUUACCUAUCGUCGAGCCCAAUUUUAUGCUGCUGAAGUAUUGCUGGCUUUGGAAUAUUUUCAUAAACAAGGCAUUAUAUACCGAGAUCUCAAACUCGACAACAUUCUUCUUGCAUUAGACGGUCAUAUUAAGAUAGCAGAUUAUGGUUUAUGCAAGGAAGAAAUGUGGUUUGGCAACACAACUAAUACGUUCUGUGGAACACCUGAAUUUAUGGCACCUGAGAUCCUCCUGGAGAAGAGAUAUGGACGUGCGGUGGAUUGGUGGGCAUUCGGAGUGCUAAUAUACGAGAUGCUCUUGGGUCAAUCGCCUUUCAGAGGUGAUGAUGAAGAUGAAAUAUUUGAUGCUAUUCUUGAGGAUGAAAUCUUGUAUCCUAUAAAUAUGUCAAGAGAUUCAGUGUCAAUAUUACAAAGACUACUUACACGGGAUCCCGAACGACGUCUUGGGUCUGGCAAAGGUGACGCAGAAGAAAUAAAGCGACAUCCAUUUUUCAAAGGCGUGAAUUGGGAUGACAUGCUGGCUAAGAAAGUACCACCACCAUUCUAUCCUACUAUAUCAUCGCCAACCGACACAUCCAACUUUGACAAGGAAUUUACAUCAGAAAUUCCAAUGUUGACACCUAUAAACUCUAGACUGGCAGCAAAUUCCCAAGAAGAAUUCCGCGAGUUUUCAUAUGUUGCAGAUUGGGUCCUUAAUGGAGAGUCGCUACAAUAA